UUAUCUUGUAACUGUAGAAGGGCUGGAUUUCCAGGUCUUUAAGUCACAUAAAGGUUUUCGACAUAUUUGUCUUAUGUUGGACAAACUUAAUUUCCUUACCAAGGACUGUGAAAUAACAUUUUGAAAUAACAGGACCAACACAUUAAAAUGAACUGUAAACCAGUUAUCGUAGUCCAUGGAGGUGCAUGGGCGAUACCAGAUUGUCUUGCAGAAAGCAGUACAGAUGGUGUAAAAUCUGCAGCACAGCAGGGGUUUCUGGUUCUUAAGCAUGGUGGAAGCAGUUUGCAGGCUGUGGAAUCUGCAGUACGCAUUCUAGAAGACAACCCAGCAUUUGAUGCAGGUCACGGUGCUGUAUUGAAUGCUGAUGGUAAAGUGGAGCUUGAUGCAAUCAUUAUGGAUGGGAGAAAUCUUUCUGUAGGUUCUGUUUCUUGUAUCAAGAAUAUUGCCAAUCCAAUCACAUUUGCUCGGUCAGUCUUAGAGAAGACGCCUCAUGCUAUGUUGACGGGUGAAGGAGCAAACGCUUUUGCAGAAAAGAUGAGUAUCCCAACUGUGCCAACUAAGGAAUUAGUUACAGAACAUGCCAUUAAGGAGUGGGAACAAUAUCAAAAAUAUAACCAAAGUGUCACAACUCUUUUUAACACGGAAAAGGCACAUGAUACCGUUGGAGCAGUAGCAAUGGAUUCUGAAGGCAAUGUAGCUUGUGCCACAUCUACCGGAGGGAUAACCAAUAAAAUGGUUGGCCGCACUGGAGAUAGCCCAAUUAUAGGAUCUGGGGGCUAUGCUGAUAACUUUGUUGGAGCUGUAUCCACAACUGGGCAUGGAGAGUCCAUUAUGAAAGUCACUCUUGCAAGACAUGUGCUAUUUAACAUAGAACGAGGCAAAAGUCCAAAGGAUGCUGCAGAUCAAGCUCUUGACUACAUGUACAACAGAGUACAUGGGAGAGGUGGACUAAUAGUUGUCAGUAAAACAGGUGAAUGGUCUGCAAGCUUUACCACAAAACGUAUGGCCUGGGCUGGGAUUGAUGGAGGAGUUUUAUCGUAUGGACUGAAUCCUGGUGAACAUUUUCAAGUGUCUUUAGAUAACAUCAGAUGAGAAAAACAUAAAA